AUGUGUCAAGAGAUUAGUGACCUGCGGGAAGGGCAAUUGCUUGCUUUGUGUUGGCAGCCCGGCGUCGGGGCUGUUAUUUACUUGUUUUUUGGUGCUGCCUCCGUUGAGGCAGCGGGCUCGGCGCCGCGCCCCGACGUGGAGAGCCCCGGGGGCGCGGGGCUGGAGGGGGUCACUCCGCCCCCGCGCAGGGAGCGCGCUCCGUGGAGCGGAGAAGAGGGGCCGACGGAGCUGCGGGGCCGCCCCUCGCCUCCUCCCCGCCUGCCCCACGGCCCGGCUGAGGCUGCGGGGCCGGGUCGGGACAGUGGAGCCCAACCCUGCGGCGCCGUGUCCUUCCCCCCACGCCACGGCUUGUUUCCACCCCGGCUCGACUCCCCCAAUUUGGGAAGGUUCGAGCAGCCCUUCCCAAGGGCCCGGGGGUCUCCUCUUGGCAUCACUGCCGGGAAUGGAGGGCCCGACGGCUCGCCCUGGGCACAAGAAAACCCCUUUUGCCUGGUGCAUCCCGUCGGGGGGGAGCGCUCCCCGGGGCGCGGGGCCGCCGCAGCCCGGUGGAGCCGGGAGGAGGGGAAGGCCGAGGCCCGGCUGCUUACCGGGGAUUUGGAGACCGGGCCCGCGGGCCACCAGGACGGCUCCCAGGAGCAAGGCGCGGCGGCCCCGAGCGCUGCAGCGCCCUGGGGCAGCCCCUCAGCCCCUCCGGCGGCCGGCGCUACGGAAGUUCGGGGAGACGAGGCUGCUCUGGAUCGGUUUUAUUCUGCAGGCGAGACCGCUUGCGGCCUUACAGCGGUGCGGGGGGCGCGGGCGGGAUGCCGGCCAGUGGCCCGGAGGACGGGCGACCUUUCCUCGCGGGGACACGGCGGGGACACGGGCACCGAAGGGCCGGGCCCCGCGUCUUCCCGCGGAGCAGCGGGCGAGGUGUCCGCGGGAGAACCGUCCCCGCGUGGGGAGAUUCGCCCCGAGGCAAUGAAAGCGGGACCCCCCCGGCCCCGCCGCCCCGGGCGGCCCCGGCGGGUGACGCGGGGUGCCCGCCCCGUCGGGCGCGGUGCGGGGCCGGGCGCGGUGCGGGAAGAGGUGAACCUGCUGCGGAACGCGGGGCAGGUGGAGAUCGGCCCCGAGAAGAGCCCGAGGAUGGGGAUGGGGUCCGCCGGGGGCUACCAGCAGGAUGAAUCGGGGAGGAGGAAUAGAGAGGAGAGGGCGGGAUGGGAAGGGGGCACCCGGGGGUCCCCGCAUGCCACCCUGCGCGGGGAGCAGCGACACAGGACCACGGGAGCUCCGAGCUGCUGCGGCCGCGCCUCGCUGCGCAUCCGCGGAGCGGGAGGGCCCGGGGACGGGGGGGGACAGGCCGGGGGACACAGGAAUGGGUCGGCAGCCACCCCCCCCGUCCCGCCUGGUCGCAGCGCAGGCGGCGGGGGCAGGAGCCUUGGAAGGAUGGCAGGGCGCUUUUUGAAGAUUUGGGGGGCCCUCUUCAGCCACCGCGGCCCUCAGUUAAUCAGCGCAGAUCUCCAAACCGGCCUCUCCGAGGGGACACCCACCGCGCCCGCCGCCCUCCCCCCGGGCCCCGGCGCGGCGGGACCGGCCCUAAUCCCUCAGCAAACAGCCCCGGAGUGUCCCCCCUCCUCCUUAUCUGCCUCCCCCCGCCCGGGUAAACAGCCCCUCCGGCCGGGCACAGCCGCGCGGGCCCCCGGCCGCGUACCCAACGCGCCUCGACGGCGGGGUCUGGGGGUCUGCGCCUCCGCCGUGGGCGCGGAGCUGCGGGCGGGACCACCCCCCCCGCUCCCCAUCGGGGCGGCUGCCGGCAGGGUUGGGGGCGACGGCUGGGAGCGACUCACCCGCGCUGGAGGUCGCCGCUCGGGGCUUCGCCGCCGCCCGCAGCUCUCCGCCGGGCCGCGCUUCCGGCGGCCGCCCCGUCGGCGCUGCGCGGUUGUGCGCGGUUGUGCGCGGUUGUGCGCGGAGCGGCGGGCGGGGCGCGCCCCACCGCGAUCCGCUCUCCAGGAUCUGUCGGAAGGCGGCCGCCGCCGGGGCUCCCCCGGCCUCUCCCCCCCCCCCCCCUCCCCGGCCCGCCGCCCCCACGGAGACCGGCGGGGGCCUCUGCUGCCGCCCCCCGCCCCCGUGGCUCCGCUCCCCGCUCCGCCGAGGUGGCUCCGCGCUGGCCCCGCACCGGCGGCGCAGCCGGGGCUGACCCGCCCGAGCCCCAGCGCCGAGCGCGGAGCGCGGAGCUGGGCCGGCCCCGCCGGGGCUCAGCCCGGGCCCGCGGGGGUGUGA